AUGCAUCCAUUUUGGAAGCUCCUAAUCCUCCUCUGUUUGCUGUCCUUGCCCUCAGCACUGCACAAGCAGCCCUGGCCUGGCCUGGCGAAGGUCCACGCAAGCAGCAAAUCCACCCUGGUGAGAAUUAUUACCCAGGGCCUCAUGAAGCACAAUGCAGAGGGCCGAAUUCAGAACAUCUGCCUCCUGGGCAGUCUGAAUAACUCAAAGCAGGUGACUGCAGGGAUGGUGGCCUGGCUAAUCGGUGAUAGCAUGAGCCUCCAGCAGCAGCAAGAAGGCAGCGCCAACAUCAACAACAUUCAGCUGGACUAUGGCAGGAUCCAGAUGUCUGUCCCUAAGGAGUGGUUCUCGGCAGACAUCUCACUUGAAUUUGACAUUGACUUGAGAGUGCCCUUCAAAAACAAGACUGCAACGACACAUGCACGCAUGAACCUCUCCGUGGAGUUCUGGCUGGAGAAAGACGAGUUUGGCCGGAGGGAUCUGGCAAUAGGCAAUUGCCAUGUGGAGCCCAGCAGCGUCCAUACAACAGUUCUAACUGAAGAUCUCUCAGCAAAGGUAAAACAUUUUGUUCGCAAUUUUAGACAAAACCUGGAAAAAGUUAUCCCACAUCUAAUAGAAGAUCAGGUAUGCCCUCUAAUUGGUGAAAUCCUCAGGCAGCUGGAUGUGAAACUGCUGAAAAGCCUCAUGGAAUAG